CAUAAAUUUUCAAUUGGCAAAGCUCUGAUCCAUCCGUUUUAGUAAUUCGUUGACCUUUGACAUUUCACUUAGACAGAUGUGUGCAAGAAAGAAAAACAGCAUGUUGCUUGCUUUUUCCCUCAACGAGAAAAGUCACCCUCUCUUCAAUUCUUCAAUUCUCCUCCCUUUAUAAACCAUAAUUCAUUAAUUCUCUUCUCUCUCAACAACUACUUGUUUAGAGAGAGUCCCACCACCACCACUACCACAAUCCCAAUGGCUUCACCAACUCUUACUCUCCUCCUCCUCCUCACCACCGUCUCCUUCUUCAUCUCCUCCUCCGCAGAUCCUGACAUGCUUCAAGAUCUCUGCGUCGCUGAUCUUCCCUCUGGAAUCAAAAUCAAUGGCUUCCCUUGCAAAGACGCAGCUACAGUCACAUCAGCCGAUUUCUUCUCACAAGGAUUAGCUAAACCAGGUCUUACCAACAACACAUUCGGUGCCUUAGUCACAGGAGCUAACGUUAUGACAAUCCCAGGACUCAACACACUUGGUGUCUCCCUCUCUCGUAUCGACUACGCACCAGGAGGCUUAAACCCACCUCACACCCACCCACGUGCCACUGAGGUCGUUUUCGUCCUCGAAGGAACACUUGACGUUGGGUUUCUCACUACUGCCAAUAAGCUAAUCUCUCAAUCUCUCAAGAAAGGAGAUGUCUUUGCUUUCCCCAAAGGACUUGUCCAUUUCCAGAAGAACAAUGGUGAUGUCCCUGCUUCUGUUAUUGCAGCUUUCAAUAGUCAGCUUCCUGGAACUCAAUCUCUUGGUGCUACUUUGUUUGGUUCUACUCCUCCUGUUCCUGACAACAUCUUGGCUCAAGCCUUUCAGACUUCUCCAGGAACUGUUAAACACAUCAAAUCCAAGUUCCAACCCAAGAAAUGAUCAUCACCCUUCCUUUAUAUUCAUUACUACAGUUCUGUUUUUUUCUAAAGGGAAGAUCUUUUUAUCUUCUUUGAUUUGUCUUCUGUAAUAAAAAAGGAACAAUAACUGAUGAUCUUCAGUGUGCAUUUGAGCUCCAUAGUCUCAUGUAUUCGUCUUCUUGUAUAAUCCAUAUUAUUUUUUGUUCAAAGUUGACUAAAGACAGGUAAGAAGUCGAGGUUGAUCUAAUCUAAAAGCUUUCAAAACAGGUAAGCUAAUUUAUCUGACUUUUCAGAUAAAAUAAUCAACUUGAGAGACUCUUAACGUAUGGGUCUAAUA